AUGUCCACCUCCGCAAUCCAAGGCCCAGGCAUCCUCUUCGUCCGCUCCCGCAUCUCCCCCUCCGCCCACGACAUGCUCUCCGAGCCCACUUUUCUCGCCUGGUACGACAACGAGCACAUCCCCGAAGUAGUCUCUACAUCCGGGGUCGACUCUGCUUUCCGCUUCAUUGAUAUCCACAAGUCCUCGCCUAUUGGUAACGAGCAGGACCCAAAGCCGUUCCUGGCCUGCUAUCCCAUGGAAGACUUGGCCUUUACGCUGGGUGAUGAGUUCAAGAAGAUAGGCUUCAAGAGUAGUGCGCUGCCCGGUAGUGGUGUGAUUUAUGAUUUGGCAGAUAUGGAUGUUAGUUACCUGGGUAUUGUGGGUAAUGCCCCCAAGAGAAAAGAGGGCGAAGAAGGUCGGCCGAAGUAUGUGAUCACGUCGGGUAUCCGACCAGAGAAGCAGCCAGCAGAAGAACAAGUCACUGCGUUCUUCCAAAAGCAAACCUCGACGUUCGAAAGGUCACCGCAGUAUAUGCGUACACUUCGCUUCAAACUCCUCUACGCGAGGACUAAUGCGCAGUCUCGCGCUCUCAAGGGCUUGCCAACGACAGAUGAACCGCAUCCCGAGCCGUCGAAAUGGAUGGCUAUGCAUGAAUUUGCGGGGUUACCAGAUGACAACUUCGUGAAAGCGCUGGAUAAUGAUGCGAGCAAGGCUGCUGAAGAGGGUAGUUGGGGUGAGACGGAGGUUGAGACGUUGGUUUGGAAGCUAGAUCGUGUGCAUGGAGAUGGGAAGUUAUUUGAGUAA